GAAUGCUCAUUGGUUGCGCUAAAGUCUGUGAUUUCUAAACUAUUUUACGUCAGUAUUAACGCGGUCUACCGGUUCCUAAUGCGAUCCACAUGACGGUAGAUCUGCUAAAGGUGCGCGCCGCCGCCCAGUUACUACGGACGCUCCUUCCAGUUCCUGUCAAAGGCCAAACAAGUCCGCCUGUUAAUGAUGGCGCUGCCCCGGACAUGGAAGUAGUGUCGGGCUGUGUGUCGCUCACCGUCAACAAGGUUUUAUUCUUCUCUGGACUAGUCGGAAACAGGAAUGACCUAAAGGCCAAAGCGAUGGAGGAGAAAGCGCUAGAAGUCUACGACGUGAUUCGAUCGAUCCGGGACCCAGAGAAGCCCAACACCCUGGAGGAGCUGGAUGUGGUGACAGAGAAAUGCGUGGAGGUCCAGGAGCUCGGAGAAGACGAGUUCCUCAUCAUUAUCAAGUUCUCUCCAACCGUCCCCCACUGCUCUCUGGCUACUCUGAUCGAACACUGCUCCUGGUCUGUUCUGUGUGUUACAGGUCUGUGUCUACAGGUGAAGCUGCAGAGGUGUUUGCCGUUUAAACACAAGCUGGAAAUUUACAUUUCAGAAGGCACACAUUCGACCGAGGAGGACAUCAACAAACAGAUCAACGAUAAGGAGCGAGUGGCGGCUGCCAUGGAGAACCCCAACCUGAGGGAGAUCGUGGAGCAGUGUGUCACUGAACCCGACGACUGAGGACGGUGCCGCCUGGACCUGUGUCGGUUCCGGUUCCACUGGGCUCGGAGCGGUUCUUUCCAGUGUGUGUUGAUGUUUUCAUCAUCAUUUGAGGUUUAAAGCUUCUUCUAACAGACCUCAUCGCACAUUUAGCAAAAACGUUUCCUACUUUACAAUGUAAAAUGUCUAUUUUGCUGGUUUGUCAAUUAAAAUGCUACUUGAACACA